UGGGCCCCAGAAUCUGCAUUUCCCUCCAGCUGAUAGAGCCCCAAGCUCGCGGAUGGGGCUGAGCACGCCCGGAGGGCCCCCCGGAGAGGUUUCUUGGAGUUUCGUUUCUCCUCGGCCGGCCGUGGGGGCGGCGAGAGCGAGGGGUGGAGCCGGCGCCGAAUAAAAGCUGAGCGGCGGCGGCGGGGGGCGCUCACAGCGGCGCGGGGCCAGCUGAACCGAUCAAGGACGAAGAUGGUUAACACUAAAGGGAAGAUCACUGACUCCGACCCUGUUUUCGAUCAUCUGCUACUAAAUGGACCUACUGAUAAGGCAGAGAAAAACCAGGAAACCGGGCCCGAGAAGAGCCUGUGUAGCCAGUACGAGGAGAAAGUGCGCCCCUGCAUCGACCUCAUCGACUCCCUGCGGGCCCUGGGCGUGGAGCAGGACCUGGCGCUGCCCGCCAUCGCUGUGAUCGGGGACCAGAGCUCGGGCAAGAGCUCCGUGCUGGAGGCUCUGUCAGGGGUCGCCCUUCCCAGAGGCAGCGGUAUUGUUACAAGGUGCCCCCUGGUGCUGAAGCUGAAGAGGCUCGUGAGCGGCGAAGCGUGGAGAGGCAGAGUCAGCUACCAGGACCACGAGGUGGAGAUCUCGGACCCCUCGGAGGUGGAACAGGAAAUCAAUAAAGCCCAGAAUGUCAUUGCUGGGGAAGGACUGGGGAUCAGCCAUGAGCUAAUCAACCUGGAGGUCAGCUCCCCGCAUGUCCCGGAUCUGACCCUGAUAGACCUCCCUGGCAUCACCCGGGUGGCCGUGGGCAAUCAGCCGGCCGACAUCGGACGCCAGACCAAGCAGCUCAUCAGGAAGUACAUCGUGAAGCAGGAGACCAUCAACUUGGUGGUGGUCCCUUGCAACGUGGACAUCGCCACCACGGAGGCGCUGAGCAUGGCUCAGGAGGUGGACCCUGACGGGGACAGGACCAUAGGAAUCUUGACGAAGCCUGACCUGGUGGACAGAGGCACUGAGGACAAGGUGGUCGACGUGGCACAGAACCUCGUCUGUCACCUCAAGAAGGGCUACAUGGUCGUCAAGUGCCGCGGCCAGCAGGACAUCCAGGACCAGCUGAGCCUGGCCGAGGCUCUGGACAGAGAGAGGGUCUUCUUUGAGGACCACCCACAUUUCAGGGUUCUUCUGGAGGAAGGACGGGCCACCAUCCCCUGCCUGGCGGACAAACUGACCACCGAACUCAUCACGCACAUCUGUAAAUCCCUGCCCCUGUUAGAGAAUCAAAUCAAGGAGAAUCAUGAGAAAAUAACGGAAGAGUUACAGAAGUAUGGCUCAGAUGUACCGGAAGACGAACAUGAAAAAAUGCUUUUUCUGAUAGAUAAAAUCAAUGCAUUUAAUGAUGACAUCAACUCUUUAAUACAAGGGGAGGAGGCUGUGGGCGAAAACGAGAGUCGGCUGUUCACCAAAAUCAGAAACGAGUUCCACAAAUGGAGCACUGUGAUCGAAAAGAAGUUCCAAAAAGGUUACAAAGCUAUUUAUAAACAAAUGGAGAAAUUCGAAAAUCGCUACCGGGGCAGAGAGCUGCCAGGGUUCGUCAAUUACAAGACGUUUGAGAUUAUCAUAAAACAGCAAAUCAGAGAGCUUGAAGAGCCGGCCGUCGACAUGCUGCACACGGUGACGGAUAUGGUCCAGCUCGCCUUUGCAGAGAUUUCGAAAGAAAAUUUUGUUGAAUUUUUCAACCUCUACAGAACAACAAAGUCCAAAAUCGAAGACGUCAAGUUUGAACUAGAAAAAGAAGCGGAGAAGUCGAUCCGACUUCACUUCCAAAUGGAGCAGAUUGUUUAUUGUCAGGACCAGAUCUAUCAGCAUGCGCUGCAGAGGGUCAGGGACAAGGAUUCAGAUGAUAAUCAGAAGUGCAAAAAAAUUCAGGAUGCCAUCUCUGAAGAAGUUUCUUCGCUGAACAUCUCCUUGUCUGAAAUCUUUGAUCAUCUGCUGGCUUACCGCCAGGAGGCCACCAACCGCAUCUCCAGCCACAUCCCCCUGAUCAUCCAGUACUUCAUCCUGCAAGUGUUCGGCCAGAGGCUGCAGAAGGGCAUGCUUCAGCUGCUGCAGGACAAGGAGGCCUAUAGCUGGCUCCUCAAGGAGCGAAGCGACACCAGCGACAAGCGCAAGUUCCUGAAGGAGCGGCUCUCGAGGCUGGCCCAGGCUCGGCGCCGCCUGGCCAAGUUCCCCGGUUAGGCCCGGCCGCCGACUGCCCCGGCCGCCGCUCCAGGGCGCGCCUGCCUGUCCCCGCCAGCCCAUUUCACAGCUGCCCCAGAUGUUAGCGGCCAGUCUUCCUAGUCACCAUCUGUGCUUGUCCCUCACGGGCAGGGACCGAGGACGAAGACUUAGGUCAGGAUUAAGGAGACGGAGACCGCAUGGACGUGGCGCCUGGGGGCCGCUCCUCCGGGACCCCGCCCGUCUCCUGCCGGAGAUCCGAGCACGAAGGCCCUGUUCCGAGCGCCCUCCCGCUGUGUUCCGGGAGCCUCGUCCCUGCCCGGGUGUGCUUACACGCUGUGCUUCACUGAUUUGUAAUAAACUCGUUUCUACCAGA